AUGAGCGAGGGACGCUACUCUCCAGCCUCCUGGGACCACGCCGACGGCUCUGAGACCCACCACUCUUCCAACCAUGUAUACACACCAGGACAGCCUGUCGGAUCCCACGAAUCCCUGGACGCGAACGGAACUGUACCGCCGACGCCGACCAAGUCCACGUCCCCUCCGCGAUCGAGCACAGAGUCACCGACACAACUCUCAGCCCAGCGAUGGCGCGAGAGGGCCCUCACGCCACCAGCAGAAGCCCCGGACUCGGUAACUGUGGACAGUGCUACGCUGGUAGAGCCGAGUUUCGACGAGAAUGUGCUGAGGGCGCUCUGCGAUCUUGAUUGCGGAAUACCGUUACUACUGGAUCGAAUAAAGCAGAGCAUGGUAUCAUGUCGGGAAGCAGCCAACUUCUUCAAAAAGAGAGCACUAUUGGAAGAGGAGUAUGGGCGUGGUAUGCAGAGGCUAGCAAAGGCUACGUCUGACGCCUACUCGGCCAGCGAUGGUAAAGCAGGAACCUUCGUUGCUGCAUGGCAUUCUGCCUUGAAGAUCCACGAACAAAUAGCGGAUAAUCGGCUGCGCUUCUCUCAGCGACUCAAUGAGAUGAGUCAAGAGCUAUCAACACUAGCAAAGGAGGUCGAUUACAGCCGGAAACAAACCAAAGAGCUCGCCAAUCGCUACGAGAAGAACUUGCAGGAGUCAGAGACAGCCACGGAGAAGUGCAAGGUCCGCGUCGAUGUCACGGCGGAGGAACUGGAGAGACUGCUCUUGCAAAAGGAGGGCGAGUCGAUGAAGGACUCUCAGCUGCAGGGCCGAACACCCGGUGGAGCCUCCGGCAAAAGAGUAAUCGGCAAAGCCGUGGCCAAGGGCGGCAUGCUACUGAAGGGGCGAAAUCCAGGAAAUCUUCAAAGACAGGAGGAGGACGUACGCGCCCGGAUGUCAAAAGAGUCGGACGCAUAUCGGAAAGCUGUUACAGAGACGCAAGCUAUCCGACAAGAGUACUUCAAUUUCCAAUAUCCGCGGUUACUUCGGGCCUUGAAAGAAUGCGUGGACGAGAUAGAUCUCGGAACACAAUAUCAUUUGUCUCGUUAUGCGUUCCUCUGCGAGAGCAUCGUACUCAGUGACGGCACCACGCUGACACCGGUGGACGACACUGCCACUCUUCCGGGCCUGAAGACCUCCCUGGAGUCCAUCGACAACCGCAGUGACUUUAAGACGUACAUGCAGAACUACGCCUUCGCACAUGGUGGCGCCAACAGCAGAGGCCCGCGCCGGGACGGCCCGCGGGAAGAGGGCUUCCUCCCGCCAAUCGCGGCGCUCGCACCUCCUCACGCGGCGAGCUCGCCCAGUGCCUCGAACACGCAAAUCCCGGAUAGAGGCCGGCCUACGUUCGGCGUCGACCUCGCCGAGCAGAUGGCACGGGACGACGUGGACGUGCCUGCGAUCAUGGCUAGGUGCUGCGAGGCGAUCGAGAAGUACGGCCUACAGUCACAGGGCAUCUACCGCAUCGGCGGGACGAUGACCAAAGUCGCUAAGCUGAAGGAGCGGCUAGACAGAGACCUUGAUUCCGUGAACCUCGAUGCCGAGGAGUGGUCCUCCGACAUCAGCAAUGUCACGAGUGUACUCAAGAUGUGGCUUCGCGAACUGCCAGACCCGCUCCUUACCACACAGUUGCAUAGUGCCUUCCUGGAGGCUGCUCGGAAUGACAACGAGCGCCUGAGACACAUACGCUUGCACGAACGCGUAAACGACCUGCCCGACGCGAAUUACUCCACCCUCAAAUACUUCAUGGGACAUCUACAUAAGAUUGUCGAGCACGAAGCGGAGAACGCAAUGUCCGUGCAAAACAUAGCCAUCGUCUUCGGCCCCACACUCUUCGGACAAAUGGUACCGGGCAUGAACGGGCAGCUGAACGGCAUGGCGGACGCGUCGCUGCAGAACAAGGCUAUCGAAACCAUCCUGGAACAUUACACCGACAUCUUCGUCGACGAGAACGAGUCCUAG